CUAUUAUAUAUGCAUAUCGUAAAUAGAGACAUCAAGGAUUUGCCAGAUGUAUACUCCACAGAGUGAGAUGGAAAAAUACAUGAGCAGAACCUAAAAUUUUAAUUGCAGCCGUAUAUUCAUGCCACUCAUGUUUUCUGGAAUAUUAUGUUUUGAGCCAAUUUCACCUUGAGAAUCAGAGUUUUUACAUGACGGGAAAUGCUAAUCUGUGUGAUGAGCAACCAAACAUAUUGCUUCAGUCCACAAAUGACUGUAUAGACAGCAUUCGUGGAAAAGAGUGUCCACUGGCUCAUGAACUUGUGUUCUCCCUUUUGUUUGACGUGAAGACGCUACAUGGUUUUCCGUUUGGAGAUGCCACUGAAACUUCAUGAAUCAGCAUAAUAGAAGCAAAAAAACAAAAAUGGACCCAUCCUUGAAUAUUUAGAAAAUAACCGGCAGUAGGCCAGCAGAGACAUUGCAAAGUCACACAUGCCUGCAGCUGUGAACCUAACAGGGACAAAGUGAAAGCACAGCGUAUCUGCAGAGGAAGUGGCGCCUUGGGUGGGGUCCCUGUUGCAGGAUGGACCAGGUCAACCCCAUGUGUCUUGUCUUCAGGUCCCCCAACACAGAUGUUCACCAAGUAUUUGGAGAAUCAAUCAGUGAAUCAAUGAAGGAAUCCUGCCCUCACCUCACCGUGGCCCCCUUCUUUUCUUAUGCCCCAGAUGCUCACACACCUAAAGAAUCCUCCACCUUGCAGGACUGACCACUCGGUCCAGACGAGGCUGUGACCCUCCAGCUGUAGACAAGAGUUGAUUAGCUCCUUGGUGUAGACCAUGCUGCUCAGACAAGCACCUCAGAUGGGAGGAUCUUAGGAGGCUCACUGUGUCCCAUGCCUCAUACGCUCUCAGAGGUCCUGGUCCAGGCUCCAGUGGUGGAGGGAAGAGUGGAGAUGGGAGGCAGGAUACAGGGUCUGUUCUUGGUCUCUCCUCCUGGGUGGGUCUCCCGGGUCUUGGACUGGGAGUGCGGGGGUCACAGGCUCUGUGCAGAGAGGGGGUGAGCUCCGCAGCGGUAGUUCCCCCUUUGUGAAAUCGUGAGACCUCAUGCUCCUCCCCAGCUUCCCGUGGGUCCUCCUCAGCUUCCCUCCCUCUGCCUUCCCUUCUCCUUCACCCACAGGAAGCCCAGACACCCUCUGUCUCUAGAUGCUGCUGCCACCGCUGCUGCUGCUCCUGCUAUGGGCAGGUGAGUGGGCCGAGGGGAGAGGGAAGCUGGGGACUGCCGCUGACCCUGCCUUCUCCACAGGGUCCCAGGCUCAGGAUGAGAGAUACUGGCUGCAAGUGCAGGAGUCACUGACAGUGCAGGAGGGCCUGUGUGUAUACGUGCCCUGCAAAUUCUCCAACCCCACGAGCUACUUGAUUAACCCUGUUCAUGGCUACUGGUUCCGGGGAAGGGCCCACAUAUAUUUGGAUGCUCCAGUGGCCACAAACAACCCAGAUCGAAAAGUACAGAAGGAAACCCAGGACCGAUUCCGCCUCCUUGGAGACCCUCGGGACCAUGACUGCUCCCUGGACAUCAGAGAUGCCCAGAGAAGGGACUCCGGGACGUACGUCUUUAGGGUGGAGACAGGGAUUAAUAUAAGGUAUAGUUACAGACAGAAUCAGCUCUCUGUGCGUGUGACAGCCCUCACCCACACACCUGACAUCCUCAUCCCUGAGACCUUGGAGUGUGGACACCCCAGGAACCUGACCUGCUCUGUGCCCUGGGCCUGUGAGCGGGGCACGCCCCCCAUCUUCUCCUGGAUGUCAGCGGCUCUCACCUCCCUGGGCCCCAGGACCCACCUCUCCUCAGUGCUCACGCUCACCCCACGGCCCCAGGACCAUGGUACCAACCUCACCUGUCAGGUGAAGUUCCCUGCAGCUGGUGUGAUGGUGGAAAGGACCGUCCAGCUCAAUGUCACCUGUGCCACACAGAACUCGACAGCUGAUGUCUGCCUAGUGGAUGACAAAGGGAACCUGGAGACCAGGGCAAGAAUGAUUAAAGGUGCCAUUUGGGGAGCUGGUGUCACCACGCUGCUUGCUCUCUGCCUCUGCUUCAUCUUCUUUGGAGUGAAGACCUGUAGGAAGACCGCAACCCGGAGAGCAGCGGGCAUGGACGGCAUCCACUCAGUUGUAGGGCCACCUCCCCUGGGUUACCAGCAGAAGUCUGAGCCAGAACUCCCUGCUGAGCCCACAAGCUCUGCAGGGGUGCCCCCCACCUUGGAAAUGGAGGAGGAGCUGCAUUAUGCCUCCAUCAGCUUUCACAAGAUGAAGGAGAACACCUGCACAGAAUAUUCAGAGGUCAAUACAAAGUGACGAACCACCUGGAGCAAACAGCCUCAGAGGGAGUGUCCAUAUCCUCUAGGAAGGGGGACCCAAAGGCUGGUUCUUGGAGACUUAACAUCCCCAUAGGCAAUGGACUUAUAAACUACUAUAUGUGAGUUUCUUUCUGUAUUGGAACUAAGGCUUUGCAAUCAGAGAGGCCUGGCAUGGAUUCAAGGCUCUUUCAUUUAUUAGCACUAUGAUGUCAGGCAAGCCACCUUACUCCUCCAUGUCUCGGUUUUCUGCUUUACAAAAUGGAUGUAAGGGCUUCCAUGAGGAUUAAAGUGCAUAUGGAAAACA